AUGGCAAGCCGACUACUAGAUGAUUCGACUCUCCCCCUACAAGCCCGCGGCGAAGAUUCAUCCCCAAACAAACGUCGGGCUACUACCCCAAGCGUCACAUUCCCCGCUGGAAGCGAACCUGCUAUAUCGCCACUUGAACUACCCUCCCCGCUUGAACAGCCUCCACCCCCUGCCGAGCCGCAUACUAGACAGUUGCGAGUUGGCAAACAUUCGCCAAAGAGACUCAGAGAAACUCCAAGACGGGCUGCCACGGCUCGAACACCCAGAGAUGCACUCCAGAAGCGAAAGGAAAGGAGCUUGCAGCGAUCCCUCGGUCCUACCAGGACGCUAUCCCUUGACCCCUUAAAGUUCCACCCAACAGACAACCUGAAGGCCCCAGCAUCUGUGCCGCUAUCUACUGUUGACGGUAACGUCCGACGCCGUCUCACGAAGGAUCAGAAAAACGCAGUCGUUCCUGAGGAGCCUACGGAGCCUAACAGCCCGGAUGAUAUCAACCAGAAACUCCACGCUAUGCUAGCCGCCACUGAUGCCUUGAAGCCCUCGCCACCUCGACGGGCCAACAGUUCUGCUUCCAAGCUCACUCGAAUGGUCCCAGCAAAAGUCUUUGCCAAGGUUUCGAAUGCGUGGGACCGCCUACAUGCGAAAUCUUCACCCCAAGAAACAGGGACCCCGGGGAAAAAGUCACAUAGUGGACAAGACUACGACAAGUCGGACAGGCUGGAGAGUGGACUUACAUCAUCACCCAGCAACAUGUCUCCAAUUAGCACGAUCGAGAUCCGCUUGAAUGAAGGGGACAAUCUCAACAAGAGAAAGGUCCAGCGGAUUGUCGGUGGCCAGGUCUCUCGCAAGCCUGUUGCAGAUGACGGCAAAUCACUAAGGAGCGGAAAGUCCUUGGACGACCCAUUUUCUGAAGGUGGUGGCUGGCGGACUCCGACAAGCUUUGAAAGUCGGCUGAAGAAGGGUCCGGACAACGAUCAGAGUGUCAUCCCUCCUCUGCCGCAUAACCCCUUUGAGUCCGAGAAGGAAUUCGACGACAACAUUAAGGAUAGGAUCUUGAGCACUACACCAGUUGGAUCGUCGACACCUCGAAUUCGAGUUGAGCGAGUCUCGGCAUCAAGCUCCGAUCAAAGCCCUACGUUGCAAGCUCCAAAGCUCAUACAAAAGCAGACCAGUUUACGACCGGCUGGCACGUCACUGAGCCAUGGGCAAAGAGAGCUUGUAGGAACGUACCACUCAAAGCACGCUCGACCUGACUCUGGAAAGAGAACCCUAGUUGAAUCUGUGAACGAGGCUCGAAAGGGCUGGGAGAAGGCAAUGGGAGAAACGGAUGCUUUCGGGUCUAAGAGGGUGAAGAAACAUCCAUCUCCCAGCAAGGAAGCAUUGGAAAGUUUGGAGAUGGCCUUUCGAAAGUAUACGGACCUCAAGGUUUCUGGAGCCAGUAUCGAUGACCUGGACGAACUUGCGACUAGCUUCAUGUCUACGAGUCCUUCUAUGAAGCCUUACGAAAAGAAAAGGCGAAGUUGGAACCGUCUGUCGAUCUCCAACAUCGACGACGUGGCAGGACUACCACUUGGGAAGACACACCGCCGCAGAGGGUCUUCGCCGUCGAUGGUGCCGUUGACACGAGUUCAAUUGACAUCAGAGAAUCCACUCAAGUUGCACCGAGAUAUUCGACUGGCACCGCCUUAUCGCCCACCAGGCUUUUCCCCUCAUGACGUGGAUGAGUUGCAGUGA